GAUGGACGGAGCUAUCCUGAUUACCACCUGUUCCUUGUACUGCACGUAUCUAAAUCUAUGAGCCGUCUUCUAUAUAUCAACUCUUUUCCCUCUGUCUCUCCUCUUCUUAAUCUCCCCUCGACCUUCCUCAUCUCUCGUCGGUUUCUCAGGUGCAGCCAUGGCGCAGGGCAUAGAACUCCCUCCGGGCUUCAGAUUCCACCCCACGGAUCUAGAGAUCAUCAUCCACUACCUCGUCCCAAAGUUCUCCAACCCAACCUUCACCGCCGCAGCCAUAGCAGACGCGGACUUGAACAAGUGCGAGCCCUGGCAACUUCCAAGCAAGGCGAAGAUGCAGGGGGGGAAGGUGGAGACGAUGUACUUCUUCUGCCAGAGGGACAAGAAGUACCCGACCGGGAUGAGGACGAACAGGGCGACGGAGUCCGGCUACUGGAAGGCCACGGGCAAAGACAAGGAGAUCGUCUGCAAGGCCAGUAAGGGCGCCGUGGUCGGCAUGAAGAAGACCCUCGUGUUCUACAAGGGCAGAGCCCCCAAGGGGGUCAAGACCAACUGGGUCAUGCAUGAGUUCAGGCUCGAAGGCAACAUUCGCCACCAUUCCAAUGACCUCCCGAAAUCUGCAAAGGAGGAAUGGGUCGUGUGCAGGGUCAUCCACAAGAGCACAGGGAUGAAGAGAUCAUUAUGCACCACUACUGCUCCUGCAGUACCACAUGCUGAUCUUGGUCUCGUGGAUUCCUUGAUGGAAUCCAAUAGCCUAAUUCAUGAUCACGCCUUUGACUCGAAAGGCGGCGAUGCCAUGAUGGAAUUGGAUGGGAAUUACCCACAAGUACAGGCGAUGAUGAGCUCGAUGAAUUCGACUUUUGGCUCACAAUUAGCCGCCCCUCCUCCUCCUCCUCCACAAUCAGUACUAAACUACAGCGACUGUUACUUGGGAGCUUACGGCUUGCACCAGGACGAGGCAUUGCUAAUGGCGAGACCAUCUACCAACACAAGGAACAUAACUUGGAUGAGGCAUGGACAACUACUUACGGAUUUUGAAUGAUCGAUCGAUCGAUAUUGUGUAAAAAUACCUAAAGAGUAUUGUUGGUAUAGUUAAUGUGUCAGUAUUGUCAUCAUUAUAUUGUUGUGUGUAUAAAUGAGAGAGUGCAAGUAGCUAGGGAGAUUGACUGUUAGGCCAAAAGGAAUUCUUUCUUUUUCAGUUAAAGGUCAUAAGGUACAUGGAAGGGCUAGUGGGAGGGGGUUGCAUUCUUGUGAUUAUAGAUAAGCUUAC